AUGAGCAAUAUCAUGUCCACUACUGCCUUGGCAACAAUUUUUGGAUCCGCUGUUCUAGCGCAAAUAAUUUACUCCCGACUCAUUCCUAAACCAGUAAAGAAUAUCCCUCAUAAUCCAGUAACGAAUAUUUGGGGAGAUAUUCCUGCGCUAGUGAAGGCCAGCAAUGGCAAGAGAAAGCCUUUUAUGGAUUGCGUUGUUGAGAUUAUUGGCAUGCAUGACGGGAUCUGUCAAGUGGGUGAUAUGACUCAAGAAAACAACGCUAUAACCUCAUCUACAUUAACAUCCAAGGUUCUACUGGGGCCGGAUCCUCUCAUCAUCAUAUCUAAUAUAAAGGAGACAGAGAGGCUUUUAAUUAAAAAUAAAACUACGGAGCUUUCCAAGAGAGUUAACCAAGGUUUUGAGUUUGUCAUGCCAGAAGGUCAAAUUUCAAUGCCCACCAACGAAGUAUGGAGGAAGCAUCGACGGAUCGCCGGUCCAAGCAUGAGUAGACGCUACUUGGAGCGAAUGUUGGGCCGCAUUGACGCUAGCGCAAAUAACCUCGUCAAAUUCUGGAGAGCCAAAGCGGAUAUUACAGGUUCCCAUUGCUUUGAAGCUGACCUGGAUAUCCACUUGGCGAGCAUGGACAAUAUUGUCAACAUCACAGUAGGGUUUCCACUCGGCUGUAUCGACUCUGCAUAUGCUGCACUCCCAACCGAAUUUAUUCAGUCAGACGGAAUUGCACAUAUCGCACGCCCAAGACCACCCCCCCUGUAUGAGGCAAUCAACGUUCUGCUGACUAGCGUCUCGGGAGCACUGAAUGCCCCAUUUCCGUCGUUUCACGGGCUCCUGGUCAAGCUAAUGUCACCUUCUUGGAGAAAGUCCGAUAGACUAUUGCGUUCAUUUCUAACCAGUAGAAUAUCUGAAGCUCGCGAACAGGAAAUCAUCGUAGGAAAACAAGGAAAUGGACUUGCUACAGAUGCGGACUGCAUAUUAGAUAUGGUCGUUCAACGUGAGGCGCGAGAAGGAACCGAGGCCCUGGGAGAAGCCGGAAUCCGUGAUGAAUUAAUGACAUUUAUCUUCGGUGGUCAAGAUACGACCUCCACGGUACUGAGAUGGUUGGUCAAGUAUUUUACAAACGACCCAGAAACACAGCAGCGUCUUCACGACGAAGUAUGUCGUGUUUUUGGUAAGGAUGACGGCGAGAAAGAACCCAUAGAUUUCAAUCUACUUGAUAACCCCGAACAAGUUCCGUUCUUGGAGGCGGUCGUCACAGAAACUCUACGAUGCGCUGGUGUUGGCUCCCAGAUAUCAAGAGAAUUAAUCCAAGAUGAGGUUAUAUUAGGAAGGCCUGUUCCGAAAGGCACCCAAUUAGUAUUUGCUAUGGGCAUGAUGAGCAGAGACAAGUCGGAGUGGGGUCCGGAUGCAGACGAAUGGCGACCCACCCGAUGGUUAACCCACGACGGGAUCUUUGACCGCUCAGCAGGACCAAGUUUUCCAUUUGGGUUGGGGCACAGAUCCUGCUUUGGACAACGGCUUGCUGUUCUUCAGAUCAAGACAUUUGUUGCGGUUCUGUCCCGCAGCUUUUUCUUCAAACCUGUGCCAACCGAAGUUGGAAGUAUGGAAGCGUUCGAAACGCUUAUCAAACAACCAAAACAUUGCUAUGUAUUGCUGGGGAGAUGGGAAUAG